GGACGUUUGGACUACAGAAUCACGGCUACGAAAUGUUGUUAAUAAUGAUGUGGGAAAGUAAUGAUUUAGAGUGAAAAGUAGGUCUUUUUUCCCAAAGAAAAUGUAGCAUUUUCAUCUUUUUUCUUCAGCUCCAGUAAAGAAUGACGACAGAAUAGUGUGGGCUCUCAAACGCUGAAAUCCUGCAACAAAAAUGAGGAUCCAAGGGCAGCCCGAGGGCACACGGAGGCGCCUUGAUUUCGGGGAGCUCAGGAGUGUGGAGAUCAUCCGAGGUCGCGCGGGAUACGGCUUCACCAUUGCGGGGCAGAGGCCGUGUCUGCUGAGCGGGAUCAUGGAGGGGAGUCCUGCUUACCUGGUGGGGCUCAGACAGGGUGAUCAGAUCAUGUCCAUCAACGGGGCGGACGUGUCGGCGGCGUCGCACGAGGGCGUGGUGCAGCUAAUCGGCAGCUGCAAAGGACCCCUACGCUUGGUGGUGCACACGGAAGGCCGAGUAAUGGGAAACCCCAUCCUUAAUGAUGCUAAGUUUGGGUUCACUCAUAAAGGUAGUGUGUUCCAGAAGCCCAGCGUCCUGCGCACCGUAUCGGACGAUCCGACCCAUCCCUCCUUUAACUCCAGCCAAGCUGCCGCUCCCAAGCAAAGGCCGGUUUCAGAGCCCGACAUGUCGCAGUGGUGUGUUGUAGCUGACCGGUCAAAAAAGGACAAAGCUUCGAUGAAAGAUACCGAUUCCGUGUUCACAGACACAGAAGAAGCUAACCGGGACUGGGCCAGUAUAAACAUGACAUUGGUGGUGGGGUACCUGAGCUCCACCGAGCUGAUUCUGAACCCCAGAGAAUCCGACGACAGCUGUUUGAAAGCCAUCCGAGAGAGAAUCCGACAGCUGGGCACGGAGCAGGACACCCACACCCUGGUGAUGAUGAAGAUCAUGUUUGACUGCGUUCGACUGUGCGACGACUCGGGAGUCGUUUUGGCCGCCUUUCCUGCAGAGAACCUUGUUUUGGGAGCCGUGUGUGCCGAAGACCCACGUUUCUUCUGUCUGGUCACCACUGCACACAUCAUCAAUGGGCGUGUCCCCGACGAUGGCCCUCUGAGGUCCUCCUGCCAUGUUUUUUUUAUUGACCCCGACCUGGGAAACCACGACGACCACUUAGGGAUUGCUGGUCGUUUUAACUUUGACUGCACUCCAGAUCCAGACGCUUUGGGCUGUCUGGAGUUCCCUCAAACCCCGCCAGACGUCCUGCACUUUGUAACAGUUCUCUACAGUGACUUGGGGGAAGCCGUGGAAAGGCUUCGUGCCAAGCUGGACGCUGAGGUCCAACACCACGCCAAGGAUAGUGACGGAAGCAAGCAAGGCAGCACCAGCAGCAACGGGGACAGCGGUAUCGGAAACGCUUCUCCCCCCGAGGAGAGAGGAGACAGGGAUUUCCCUUCCGAAAUCCAAAAGCAUCCCGAGGCCCACCUCCCCAGCUGUCCUUGGGAUUAUCCUCCGGCUAUAGACCUCACCCAAAUAAACCUCUCCAAAGAUGGCCGAGGACUUAAUCUGGAGGACAGCUCUGGCACACAUUCCCUUUCCGAAUCGCUACCAGGCCCAGAUUCCCUAACUAGCUUUUACGGAGGGCCUCCCCCCAGGCUGGAGUUCCAGUUUAAGCCCCCACCUCCUCCGCCACCUUUGUGCAAGAAAAGCUUCUUCUCAGGAGAUCCCCUCAGAUCUAGCCAAAAGUGGUUCUCAAAGCCAAAGUGGCCUAAAGUACCUCAAGAAACAUCCAACAAAACAUGCAGCCUGCCCCCUCAAACCUUAAUACCCCCAUCAAACCUGCAGUCAACGGAUCUCAUGAUGCUGCCCCCCAGAGAGGAGUGGACCAAAAGGUUUCUGGAACAGAGACAGAAACAGCGGACAGAUGGCAGCAAUAAAAUUACGUCCCGAUUCUGGGGGAUGGGAGGUAUCCGCGCCUCCAAACGACGAUCUGCCAAACGUCUCAGCCUGGCUCGAUCCCUGGAUGACCUGGAGUCUGCUGCUUCUUCAGAUGGUGACUACAGUGGGAUCCAGUUGCAGGGGUGCUGCAGCCAGACCAGCUUGAACAGCAAUGGCAGUCUUCCUGGAGCAGGUGGUCUACGGGGGGGUUCGGAGCAGCGCGUUGAGAGCUGGUCCGCCGGCUUCGAGCGGCUCCUCCAAGACCCCGUGGGAGUGCGCUAUUUUUCGGAAUUUCUCAAGAAAGAAUUCAGCGAGGAGAAUAUCUUGUUCUGGCAAGCCUGUGAAUACUUCAGUCAUGUCCCUGCAACAGAUAAAAAGCAGCUGUCCCAAAGAGCGGGAGAAAUCUACAACAGCUUCCUGUCCAGCAAGGCCACCAUGCCGGUCAACAUCGACAGCCAGGCCCAGCUGGCUGAUGACGUCCUCACCUCCCCCCAACCCGACAUGUUCAAGACCCAGCAGCUACAGAUCUUCAACCUGAUGAAGUUUGACAGCUACUCUCGGUUCCUCAAGUCCUCCCUCUACCUGGAGUGUUUGCGUGCUGAGGAGGACGGUCAGCCGCUUCCAGACCCGUACCAGAUUCCCUGCAGCCCUGCACCGUCCAAACACAGCGCCAGCUCUGACCGCUCCACGGUCUCUACCCCAAAAAGGGACACCAGAAAGCAGAGGUCGGGGAAGUCGCUGAAUGAAGACAGCAGGGACGAGAACGCAGAAAAGAAGCGCGGCAUGUUCUUCCCGUGGGGCCGCAACAGGAGCUUUGGGAAGGGGCCAAAGAAGAAGGACAUUGGGGACAUCAGUCUCGACUUCCCAGGCACUAACGGACGGAGAGAGUCCCAAGGCUCCUUGUCUUCCAGCGCCAGUCUGGAGAUUCCAUCCUCUGGCUCAAAGAUUGAGUCGGAUAAUCGCCACUCAGUCGGAGCGUGGGAGCGCUCACCCAAACACUGCAGCGUGCUGCUGCCUGACGGCUCCUGCUCUUCCCUCACCCUCCGACCCGGCGCCUCCAUCCGAGAAGUCCUCCAAGACCUGUGUCGGAACAUCGGUGUCAACAUCGCUGCUGUCGACCUGUUCCUGGUGGGAGGAGAGAAGCCUUUAGUGCUGGACCAAGACUGCAUGACUCUUAAUUCCCGGAACCUCCGUCUGGAAAAGCGAACUUUAUUUAGGUUGGACCUGGUCCCCAUUAACCGCUCUGUGGGGCUGAAAGCCAAACCUACCAAGCCCGUCACCGAGGUCCUGCGACCUGUAGUGGCCAAAUACGGCCUCCACCUCAGUGAUCUUGUGGCCAAAAUAAUCGGAGAAACCGAGCCGUUGGAUUUGGGCGCUCCCAUAUCAAGUCUGGACGGCUUACGGGUGGUGUUGGAGCGAGCGGAUCCGUGCUCAGGGAAAGAGAAACUCAAGUCUUCCUCUCUAAGAGGCCACCCUCCAACGAGGAGUUUUUCUGCCGCCGGAGAUGACAGGUCAACCCCAAAGGACUUUGCUCUGAGAGCGAGCGGACCCGACUCAGCACUGCCAGGGAAAAACAGAAAGAUUAAUAUAGAUGAAGCCGAAGAAUUCUUUGAGCUGCUGAGCCGGGCUCAGAGCAGCCGAGCCAACGACCAGCGCGGACUCCUGAGCAAGGAGGACCUGGUGCUCCCCGACUUCCUGCGCGUCACCCCGCCCACGUCCUCCGACCUGGCGAGCUCCACCCCGUCCUCCUCACUGAAGCAGGGCCGAGAGAACGGGGCCCCCCCGCGGGGGUCCCUCACCUCCGGCGUGCGCUCGGAGAGCCUGGACUCCUCCCUCAGCUCCAGCGCCAACGGACACUCCGCGGCCAGGCGCUGCCUGCUCCCCCCUCCCCGCCACCCCACGUUCGGCACCCACCUGUCCCCCAUCCCGCGGCCCAACCUGCGCACGGUGGAGGAGACCCCCGCCGACCUGACGCUGGUGGGCGAGGGCGACAUCAGCAGCCCCAACAGCACGCUCCUCCCACCUUUACCCAGCCCAAUGUCCUCCUUCGAGAGCGGCGCCCCCCAGGCCGACUUCACCCCGCCGCCCCCCUGCUCCCAGCCUGAAGGCGUGGGCGGAGCCAAACAGUCCACUUCAGGAGCAAAAGUGACCGUAUCCGACGCCGCGUCAACGCCUCAGGGGGUGGUGAACGUGGAGGGCGUGCACCUGGAGGAAGGAGUGUCGGAGGCCUCCCACGGCGAGGAUUCCGAGCUCAGCCUCAGCUUCCAGGGCUACGUCGCCGAGCUGCGGCAGUGUCAGACCAAAAUGAGGAGCGUCCAGAUGGCUCAGAGCGCCCGCACCUCGCAAGAGGUCAGCGACUGCCAGACGGACCUGUACAAAGCCACCAUUGUCUAGAGGGAGCAACCCCGUCCCCCGUCCCCAUCUCCAAUCCACUACAGCACUUUGAAAUCCAGAGCCACUGUCGUCGGAAACUGGUCCAAAACACCGGCUGCAUGUUUGAGCUGUCAGUUCUUUCCAAACCGUAGACGUUUGUUUUUGUGGUUUUUAGUUUUAGAGCUGGUUGUACUUUUGGGACAGUGGCAUGUUUUUGUUUCUUGGUUGUAUUUAUGAUUGAAUUCUGUUGUUUUAGCCAUUUUCACUAGUUUAUGAAAAAUCCUACAUUAGAACCGACUUACAAGUUUUUUUCUUGGAAGGUUUUCCGAUGAAAACAUAACAAAAAUGUACUUUAAUAAGAAAAAUGUCCCUAUAAAUGUGUUUUUAGCUCUGAAAAGUAAAGAUUUGGUUUUAUGGCUUCAAAGAAUAAAAUUAACUUAACUUGACUUAAAAAAAUCUGAGCAUUGAGAUAAGAGAAGAACAGAUUAACAACAUUUAAAUAUAAAUUUCAAUCGUUUUUCUAACAAACAGUUUAAAGCUCUGAAAAGUCGACUAUUUCUGUGAUUUUACUUUACUGUUUUUAUUGUUUUCUAUCUAAUAAUACAUGACGGUAACUUUA